GCCAUUUCAGUCGAAGGACUCGCAAGGAGUAUUAAAAAUUGAUUUUUAUAACAGCAAAAUAAACAAUUUUAUUUUAUUUAAGUUUUUCAGAUCUAUAAAGAAUAUAUUUUUGUUUUAAAUUAGUUUAAUACCGUUCAGUUUUCAUUGCUUUCUCAACGAAAAACAAACGAAAUGUUAAGACAAGCGAGAGUACUUUUUCUCCUCGUAUCCAUGGUGAUAGCCGGGAUUGAAGGCCAUGGAUACAUGAUGGAGCCACCCCAGAGAUCGUCUGCGUGGCGCUAUCGUAACGAUCCUGACGGCAUUCUACAGAAGAACUACAAUGACAUGGGCCUGAAUUGUGGGGGAAGGGAGCAUCAGCACAGUUUGGGGGGGAAAUGUGGUGUGUGCGGCGAUCCCUUUGACCAGGAAAUCCAGCCUAACCAUUAUGUUCACCCCACCGACCCGAGUAAAAACGGCAAAUAUGUCACAGGUUUUAUUGUGAACGAGUACGAGAUGAAUAGCGAAAUUGACGUCAUUGUGAAAAUAACAGCACAUCAUAAGGGAUACUUUGAAUUCAGGUUAUGCCCGUUGCCAGGCGACGGUCAAAGGUAUCCCGUUACCCAGGAAUGUCUGGACAAGUACCCUUUGAAAGUCGGCGACUCUUAUAAGUACAACUUACCUAACCUUGGCGCAGGUGACUACCUUGUGAACGUUAAACUCCCAGAUGAUAUAUCCUGCAAUUUCUGCGUUUUACAGUGGAUCUGGGUAGGAGGAAACAGUCACGGCUAUCAAGAGAAUUUCUGGAAUUGUGCUGAUAUUCGCAUUAUUGGGGGCGAGUCAAACCCUGCCACGACAAAACCAACCACGCAAGCCCCUCCGCCGACAACAGCAGCCCCUACAACGAAUCCCGCAGCCCCAGUUGACACCACAUUGUGCCGCGCUAUUGGCAUUUUUGCGGGCGUUGAUGAAAUGGAUGAGUUUUGUCGCAAACAAUGCUCCAUUCCCGAAUCUUGCCAUACUAACUUGUGUGACUGCAGUCCGCCGACCACCAUGCCCUACUGCGUUCCUAUCAGUGAGAUGUUAAAUGUCACUGUCUGCGAAGUACUUUGUCUAGAAGACAUGGCCUUUUGUGACAACGAGUUCUGUUAUUGCAUUUUUGGCCAAGAAACAAAGACCACUAAACCUGCAACUACGACCACUACUACCACCACCACUACCCCCACAACAACAACAACAACAACAACCCCAGCGCCAAAUGCCGUUGGUGACCGUACGUGUAAGAGCGUUCGUCCGAAUGAUCCUGGAAUGGACAGAUGGUGUGAAUGGAACUGUCAUCACACACCCCCUUAUUGUCCACCAACCCAUUGUAAAUGUUAAUACAUGUAAUGUUGGCUGGGACAUAUUUACGCCAUGGCUAAAUAAUAGGAUAUUAAUUUAGGUUUUAGGAUCCAAGAUGUUUGGUGUGUUUCUUUAUUUUUUGUUACAAAAUGUAUACGAUUGGGUUGAGAUAUGUGGUCAACUCCAUUGCAGUUUGAGGGUUAUAGUAAUUGUCUAAAAACAUUUUUUGAUAGGAUAAGUCCGAUUGUAAAUCAAGCCACCAGUUCGAACAAAUAAUAUAAUACACACAUGCAAACAUACUUCUCCAAGCCUUCAAGACUCAUUCAUUAGGUUCCUCGACAUUAAGUAAUAGCAUAUCUUUGUAAAGAAAUAUUUGAUCGUUCAAAUGUGUUAAAAUUAAGUAAUUUUAUUUCUAAUUCGGGACAAAAACAAACUUGGCCUAGUAGGUUGCAUGAGCUUGUUAGAGCACAUAAUUUAAGCCUUAAGUAAUCUAUCUUUUGAAAGCGUAAGAAAAACUUCUCAGCAAAAUACACAAAUUAAAUCGCAUGUAAACUUCUAAUGGCGACUGACACUAUAAUCAUGUUCCUCUGUGGUGUUCCUAUGUGGUGUUCCUCUGUGGUGUUCCUAUGUGGUGUUCCUCUGUGGUGUUCCUCUGUGGUGUUCCUAUGUUGAUAUCACACUGUUUGUAUACAGCGUUGUUAAUUGUUUUUGUAUUCAUCAAAAUAUUUGCAUGUAGUGACUUUGGAUUUCUUGGAUUUAACCCAUAUAUAACAUUGAGGGUUGAGUCGUGCCAUCAACCAUUUCAACUUGAGACGUUUUGACUUAAUUUUCCUCAUUGUUGAAUCAUUUUAAGACAGAAAAGAAGAUGUCGCACAAAUAUUUACCACAACAAGAUGGGUCUUAUCGUUAAUCUUUGAAAUACUCAUCUGUUAGCAUUGUUGCAUCAUUAAAUAUCUUUUUUUGCGUUUUCAUCUAUUAUGACACUCAAAAUCAAGACAUACACAUGUAUAAUAAAAAUAUAUUUUGAGUGAUAAACCUUUAACUACUUACUUAAUAAUGCAAUUAUGGAAAAUAUUAAUUGCAGAUAACAAAAUUGUAACCGUGUCCUUAAAAGCUGAAAAAAAUGAUUGGUUAGUCCUAAAAGAUUUACUGUGAUCUACUAUCGCUUCAUAAGGCCGGGUAGAAAUACCGCGUCUUCCGCACCUUUCUUUCAAAUUAAACACAGUAUCCUUCAUAAGAACCGACAUUUAUUCAUCCUGUUCGGUGUAUUAAAACAACUGAAUUAAUUGUGGUAAUUCUUAUUUAGGAGUAAGAGUGCAUCUUAGUAAGUUUAGAUAUGGGUAAAAACCUUAAAAACUAUGUUUGUGUCAUGUUUGACAUUUAAGGUUUACAGCUAAGAUUUCGUUUAUAAAUUAUAUCGGCAAUAAUGCUAAAUGUAUAUGCAUGGUGAAUAUAUAUAAUGUGCGUAUCAUUAAAAAGGGGCAUAGAUUACUCAUCACGAAUAGGCAAAACACGUGACCGAAAAUACAGUACAGAUAAGGAAAGGGCUGCCGGAAGUUGUGUUCGCAUUCGGAACCCCUCGGCAAUUUUUAUCGAAAACAACCUCGGAUGUAUUUGGACGGUUUACAUUGUCAAAAAGUGGUACGUUUAAGUCCGCUGCAAGUAGAUCGCGUAGUAAUCUUAUUUAGCAGUUGAACUAAAUGACUUAACUCUAAGGGAAUCUCAAUGAUGUUUGCAAUAAUACACGUCACUGGCCAUCAAUUUAAACUUAGAUCAAGAAAUACAACUCUAAAAUACUACAUUUAAUUAAUGAUAUAUUUUUUUUUAAAAAUACGAACUACUUCAACUGAUGUACCGGCAUACAUCCGAGAUUGUUUUCAAACUUUCAACUGAAAAAGGAAGUGAAUGACCUGUUUUUCAAUCCUUAAAAGUUUUAACCGAGCCUCAAGACUCAUUUUUGCAAAACUUCAUUUCAUUGUAAUUUUCAUUCUAUCAGAGCAUUGAUGGUAAAAUUUGCUGAAAUAUAUUACUCUUUGAAUAUUACUUUACCAUGUAAUCAAAUAUCAUAAAUAAAAUAUAUUCAAUACAACGUUUUGUUUAUCUCCGGCGACAAUGUCUCGAACACUCUUCAUACCAUGACGGAAGAAGGAGCUAAGCCACGCCUGGGGCAGUGAUUACGAACAGUCUCAAGUCUGAGUUCAGACUCAAGACUCAUUAUUGCAAAACUUCAUGUCAUUGUAAUUUUUAUUUUAUCAGAGCAUUGAUGGUAACAUUUGCUGAAAUAUAUAACUGUAUUGAAUGUUUUACAAAUAUUUACAUAUUGUUGUAAAAGAAA